GCGCGGGGCGGAGCACGGGAGGAUUCUCCGGUUCUCCGCCCGCAGCAACCACGGAACGCGGCCGGAGCCCCGCCCGGCGCCCCCGGGCCCCGCGUUCCGGUCCCGCCCCGCGGCUGCGCGGCCCGGAACGGAACGGAGCGGAACGGAGCGGAACGAGAUGGUGCCCGAGCUGGAGAAAGGCACGGUGCGGAUCCGGCAGCCCGAGCGGGUGCGGAGCAUCAUCCGCUCCCUCCGGGAGCAGGGGGUGGCCAAACUGCAGGUCAUUUCUGACUUUGACAUGACGCUGAGCAGGUUUGGUUGCAAUGGCAGGCGCUGCCCCACGUCUCACAACAUCCUUGAUACCAGCCGUGUGAUCAGCGAGGAUGGCAAGAAGAAGCUGAAGGAUCUGCUCCACUAUUACUAUCCCAUUGAAAUAGAUCCCAACCGGACCCUGGAAGAGAAACGUCCCCUCAUGGUGGAGUGGUGGACCAAAGCCCAUGAGCUGCUUGUGCAGCAGAAGAUCCACAAAAGUGACAUAGCCCAGAUCGUCAGAGAGUCAGAAGCGAUGCUCAGGUACCAGCUGGGGGAU